AACACGGGAUGAAUAUGGCUGCAGUGAAACUACAGAAGAGUGUUGUGAGUCAGACUGGAAAACACACUGCUUCUGUUAUAUUUCUUCAUGGCUCAGGAGACACAGGGCCAGGUUUGCUCAGCUGGGUUGCUGAUAUUUUGGGACAAAACCUGGCAUUUGAAAACAUCCGAGUGAUUUAUCCCACAGCGCCAUCCAGGCCGUACACCCCCAUGCGAGGGGCUCUGUCUCACGUGUGGUUCGAUCGUCACAAGAUUUCCCAGGAUUGCCCUGAACACUUGGAGUCUAUAGAUUCCAUGUGCGAUCAUUUAGGCGCCAUUGUCCAAGAUGAGAUCCGGGCCGGGAUACCUAAACACAGGAUGGUUAUUGGUGGCUUCUCUAUGGGUGGUGCCAUGGCACUACAUCUGGUGUCCCGGUACCAGCCGGAUGUUGCUGGCAUCUUCGCUCUGUCCAGCUUUCUUAACAAAGACUCGGUUGUAUAUCAGGCAGUGGAAAAUGCAACACAGCGCCCCCUACCUGAGCUCCUCCAGUGUCACGGCACAGCGGAUGAGCUGGUUUUCCAUAGCUGGGGCAAGGAGACAAACUCACUGUUGGAGAAAGCUGGCCUCAACACGUCUUUCCAUUCCUUCCCAGACCUCAACCAUCAGUUGUGUCGACAAGAACUGGAGUUACUUCGGUCCUGGAUCCUUAAGAAACUUUCCCCUUAGAGCAUCCUUAAUGCUGGACAAUGAACUUGCCCACAUACAACCUAGAAUAAUCA